AUGCGUGCCUUCUUGUGUAGGACCCCAAAUCUGAAACAACUAGUUCUACCAAGGAAAGGUGACUUUUCAAGAAAAGCAGUGCAUAUGGAAAUGAAGUCAUGGGGAGGCCUUGAGUCCAUUAACAUUAGCUCUGGUGUCCCCAUCGAUUACAUAUUUCCUGCAAUUCGCGAAUACUGUAAGAGCGUCAGUGGGAUCAAAUUCCAUUGCGAAUUUGAAGAAAAGCACGCAGAAGCCUUGAUUGAAUCUACCCCUAACUUGAAGGUGUUCAGCAUUCGGUCCACGGUAGUGAGCGUGAAGGCUUUGAGGAGUGUGCUCACUUCCUUGGAACAUUUAGAGUCGGUGAACAUCUGUCACAACUUCGUUAUGGAUUUUUCACAUGGUGGAUUUAGUAUUUUUGCAGUUCAAGAAGUUAUCUAUUGUGAAGAAGGGUCAUGCCUUAAGUGUCAGUAUGAGCGUAGCAUUGCACCUGGUUCUUUUCUCUAUCGUGCACUAGAGGAUAUCUGGCGGGAGGAUGAGAUCACCUCACUGGCACAUUAA